GGUCCACUCCCCGCUGCCGGCGCAGGGAACUACAUUUCCCAGGGCACCCCGAGCUGUCCUUUUGUGGCUUCUUGGCGGGACGGCUAGCAAGACCUAGCGUGCCUACGGGCCGGAGGGCGAUCCUGGGAAGGGGAAGGAUGCCGUCGGCAGUGGGCAGAGGCCUGGCAGGGUUCGAGCUACGUCCCCGGAGGGGCCGCUGUAGGCCUCAGACUGCUAUAGCGGCGGGCCCGGAGAGGGCCGCGGAGGCUGCAGCGAAGACCCCCAAACGGCCUGCUGGCGAUUCGCGGCGCUUCGAGGCGGCCUGCCGGUGGGCCCUGCUGGCCCUGGUGACGCUGCUGUCCUUUGCCACCCGCUUCCACCGCUUGGACCAGCCGCCGCACGUCUGUUGGGAUGAGACUCACUUUGGAAAAAUGGGAAGUUACUAUAUCAACCGUACCUUUUUCUUUGAUGUGCACCCACCUCUGGGAAAGAUGCUGAUAGGCCUUGCUGGCUACCUGAGUGGAUAUGAUGGCACCUUUAUGUUCCAGAAGCCUGGGGACAAAUAUGAGCAUCACAGCUACAUGGGAAUGAGAGGAUUCUGUGCCUUCCUCGGCUCCUUGCUGAUCCCCUUCGCCUACCUCAUUGUGCUGGAGCUGUCCCAGUCCCUCCCGGCGGCGCUGCUCGCUGCUGCCCUCCUCACCUUUGACACGGGAUGCCUGACUCUGUCCCAGUACAUCCUCCUUGACCCCAUCUUGAUGUUCUUCAUCAUGGCGGCCAUGCUGAGCAUGGUCAAGUACAACUCCUGUGCUGGCAGGCCCUUCUCUGCCCCCUGGUGGUUCUGGCUCAGCCUGACUGGCAUUAAUCUGGCUGGUGCUUUAGGGGUCAAGUUUGUUGGCCUCUUUAUCAUCCUGCAAGUGGGGUGGAACACCGUGGCAGACCUUUGGCAGCUGUUCGGAGACCUCAGUCUUUCACUGGCGGCUGUGGGAAAACACCUGACUGCUCGUAUCCUGUGCCUCGUCGCGCUGCCCCUGGCUCUCUACACGGCCACGUACGCCAUUCACUUCGUGGUGCUGAAUAAAAGCGGCCCUGGCGAUGGCUUCUUCAGCUCUGCCUUCCAGGCCCGGCUUUCGGGAAACAGCCUUCACAACGCUUCCAUCCCUGAAUACCUGGCCUACGGCUCCGUGAUCACCGUGAAGAACCUGCGGAUGGCCAUCGGCUAUCUCCACUCCCACAGGCACCUCUAUCCUGAGGGCGUUGGCGCCCGCCAGCAGCAGGUCACCACCUAUUUGCACAAGGACUACAACAACCUGUGGAUUGUCAAGAAACAUAAUAUAAACUCAGAUCACCUAGACCCUUCAUUCCCAGUGGAGUUUGUAAGACAUGGAGACAUCAUUCGACUAGAACAUAAAGAGACUUCCCGGAACUUGCACAGUCACUAUCAUGAGGCUCCCCUGACCCGGAAGCACUAUCAGGUCACUGGCUAUGGCAUAAAUGGGACAGGGGACUCAAAUGAUUUCUGGCGGAUCGAGGUCAUAAACAGAAAAUUUGGAGACCGGAUCAAAGUGCUGAGAAGUCGAAUUCGCUUUAUUCACCUGGUCACAGGUUGUGUCCUGGGCUCCUCAGGAAAGGUUCUGCCCAAGUGGGGCUGGGAGCAGGUGGAAGUCACUUGCAAUCCAUACCUGAAGGAAACCCCCAGCUCCAUCUGGAAUGUGGAGGACCACAUCAAUCCCAAAUUGCCAAACAUCAGCCUGGACGUGCUGCAGCCUAGUUUUCCUGAGAUCUUGCUGGAGUCCCACAUGGUGAUGAUCCGGGGGAACAGUGGCCUCAAGCCCAAGGACAAUGAAUUCACAUCCAAACCCUGGCACUGGCCUAUCAACUACCAGGGCCUGCGCUUCUCAGGGAUCAACGACACAGACUUCCGAGUGUAUCUGCUCGGCAACCCGGUGGUGUGGUGGCUGAACCUGGUGAGCCUCGCCCUCUACCUUCUCUCAGGGAGCAUCGUGGCUGUCGCUGUGCAGCGAGGGACGCGUCUGCCUGCGGAGGUUGAAGGGCUGUCCCAGGUGCUACUGCGAGGAGGAGGUCAGCUGCUGCUCGGCUGGGCGCUCCAUUACUUCCCGUUCUUCCUGAUGGGCCGGGUCCUCUACUUCCACCACUACUUCCCCGCCAUGCUCUUCUCCACCAUGUUGACAGGCCUCCUGUGGGACACGCUCCUGCGGCUCUGGGCCUGGCGCCUGGCGCCCUCGCUGCUGGCCGGCGGCAUCCACGUGGUCGGCGUCCUGAGCCUGCUCCUGGGAGCCGCCUACAGCUUCUACCUCUUCCACCCUCUCGCUUACGGGAUGGUCGGUCCCCUGGCCCAGGACCCCCAAAGUCCGAUGGCAGGACUGAGGUGGCUGGAAUCAUGGGACUUUUGAAGCCACUGCAAGAACUGCAGCCUCAGUGCAGGAACUUCCUGGGGGAUGGCCAGCUGUGGAGCCAGGCCCUGGACCUUCCAGCCGCGAGGCAGCUGCCUGAGGAACCCUGUUGCCUGCUAGGACCAAGCUCCAGGGGCAGACCCGGAAUUCACCCCGACACCAGAGGGAGAGGCCCUGCCUGCAAAGUGCACCACUGGGGAUGGCGCAGCCACCGAGGGCGGACGCUGUCGCCCAGGCCCGUUCCCCCAGGCGUGCAGCAUAAGGAAGGAGGAGUGUGCGCGAGCGCGUGGGAGUGUGAGAGCACGUUUGUCCACAUACCUGUGGGACGUAGACUGGGACUGCGAACAGCCGAGUGUCACAAACUCUAAGAAACAGUCCAGGGCAACAGUAGUAUUUUCUGGUGUCUUUCUCACACUGGAUUUGGUUUGUAAGACCCAGCAAUAAUCCUCUGACCCUCAAGAGGGCUGAGGGCGCUGGCCCCACCCGGAGACACUGGCACGGGCAGAGCAGAUGGGACUGGCAGAGCUAUGCUGCCCUCCUUCUCACAAACGAGCAAGUUCGGCCGAGCGCCCCUGAGUGGGGGUGUGGGGGGGCCGGCCUCCCAGCCACUUCCGCGUGUGGCUGCCGCCAGAACAUCUGCGUGCAGCAGGUGGCUGGACUUCUGGCCUGCAGUGUGCACAGGGGCUGGGCUCCAGCGUGAGGCAGCUGAGGACCUGCCAGCCCUGGGUUGGCCCUUGGUCCCUCACUCUCUGAGAGUGUCACACGAUGAUAUUGGAGGGAGGAAUGGUGCCCUAUCCUUGGGUUCCCAGGCCCUGGGUGCCAGAAGUGGUUCCUCGCUACCCAUCCUGUCCCUCUGCCUCCGGCCUGGCUGUGACAAGAGGACAGACGCGUUCUCCCAAUGGCCGGGAGCGCCCUUGGGCCCCUCGCUCGGCAGCUGAGGUGGAUGUGUGGCAGAGUGGGGCCUGCGUGGUGCUGCGCUGGGGCCCCGGUGUCACUCAGUGUUCCCCAGUUUUACUGCUCGAGUCUUCCCCUGCUGGCACCCCCUUUCGCUCCCCUUCGUUCCCCUUCCUCUGUGUCACAGCCUCACCAAUCUUUUCCCCCAGAGACCCCGAGCACCUAGAGGUGCACUAACACUUCUCCUCUCCAUCACUUUGAAGCCCGAGCAAGAAGCUCAGAGCUGUUCCUUUCACUUCCUCCCCAAAUGAAAGGGAUUAAGAAAACCCUUGGGUUGCCGCAGAACCAACUCCAGGCCAGCCCUUCCGCCCGCCGCCCUCCUCCCCGUGCUUGACAGCAUAUUUGUUUGGUCUCAGAGGACCCUGAUGCUUCAAGGUUAAUGCCGAGCCCCUGCCACACUCCAUCUUCCCUUCUCUGUAGCCCCUACCAACUCUGACAGGGUCACAGCUCUUCAGAGCAUCUUCAGAGGCGGUUGCCACGGAGACUGGAAAUUGGUCCUGGGGACAGGCUGUGCUCCCUACUGGGUGAUGGGGAGGGAAGCUUCUGGCCAUGCUUGGACUUUCAGACCAGCCAUCAUUAAUGUUAAUAGAGGAAAUACAGCAAUAUCAAAAGCGAGGCAGGUUUGUUAAUUAGAUCUGGGGCCUGAUGACCUCCCUCUCCCAGGGCUACAGCCCUUUUGACUUCCCCCAGCAGGAAGAGCUGCCUCCUGUGGGCUGAGUCUGGACUGCUUGCUUAAUUGCAUUUCUGGAAGCAAAGGAGAACAGGGACAGAGAAGCCUCUGCACACCCCUUCCACCCUGUUACUGCCCUCCCCUCCCGCCCAUAGGUGGAGUUGGUUUCUUCUGGGUUGGGCGGGGGCAGCCACCUGGGUAGGCUCUCCUGGAGGUAGAUCGCAGGAAUCUGCGCUUGGCCUUUAGUAAAGAAGAG